GAUUAACUGGGGCUCUGCCAAGGCGGCAGGGCAGAGUUUGAACCGCAGUGACAUAACACUCCGCUGUUUUCACCGCUGAGGAGAGAAAAGUUACCACCCAAUUAAAACCAAGGAGACAGGAACACACAUGGAGCAGUGCGCACAUUCAGCCAAGAGUCUGAAGGAUGUUUCUGACAUGGCCUGAACUUUCUUCUUCUUCUUCUUGUUUUUCUUCUUGUUCUUGUGGAGUGAAGCGGGGCCGUGCAGCUCGGAGCAUGCAGCCAGCAGAGAGUCUCUCUCUCGGGCUGAGUUUUUCCUGUGGUUCCGGCUCCUGGAGGAGAUGAGCGCGCAGGAUGGGACUGUGCCUCGGGACCGAAGCUACAGAGGAGGAGAAGAAGGCGAAGAUCCUCAGCACCAAGAUAGACAGAGAGCUGUACGAGUCCGCCAAGAGGGAGAUGAACGUGGUGAAGAUCCUGCUGCUAGGAGCAGCAGAGAGCGGGAAGAGCACUUUGGUCAAACAGAUGAAGAUCAUCCACAGUAACGGGUUCACCAAGCAGGAGCUCACCAGCUUCAAGCCUGCAGUGCUGGAUAACCUGCUGACCUCCAUGAAGUUUGUCCUCCACGGCAUGGGCGUCCUGAGGAUCAACCUGGCCAACAGCAGGAACAAGGUCCACGCCCAUUCUGUCCUGUCAUGUGGGCGCUGUUUUGACGAAGACCAGGUGCUGUUUCCUUUCCUUGGCCACGCCCUGUCCUGUCUGCUGGCCGACCAGGGCGUGAGGGCGGCGGCGGCCCGGGGAUACGAGUACGAGCUCAACGACUCGGCGCUGUAUUUCUUCGAGAACCUGAGCCGCAUCACGUCCCCAGAGUACGUGCCCACGGAGACAGACGUUCUGCGAGUACGGCUGAGGACGACCGGCGUCAUAGAGACCCAGUUCAAAGUCAACCACCUUGUUUUCAGGAUGUACGACGUUGGAGGCCAGAGAACGGAGCGGAGGAAGUGGAUCGCUUGCUUCGAGGACGUCCGGGCGGUGCUGUUCGUGGUGUCGCUCAGCGGCUACGACAUGACGCUGGUGGAGGACCCCGCUGUGAAUCGUCUUCAGGAGAGCAUGAAACUCUUCUGCUCCAUCUGCAACAACGUUUUCUUCCGCAGCACAUCCAUGAUUUUAUUCAUGAACAAGAUCGACCUUUUUCAAGACAAGAUUUUACACUCCGGGCGACAUCUGCGGCUGUACCUGCCCCAGUUUAAAGGAGCAGACUGUGAUGUGGACUCGGCCGCCCGCUUCAUCGCCGCCACCUUCGUCUCGCUCAACGUCACUCCCAGCAAACUCAUCUACCACCACUUCACCACCGCCACCGACACCUCCAACAUCCAGGUGGUCUUCCAGGUGGUCAUGGACACGAUAAUCAAAGAGAACCUGGAGGCCGUGUCGCUGCUGUGAGACUUCACUGGACCGCACCUCUGGAAGUGUCGUUUUAAAAAAAAAAGACAUGAAGAUCAUCUGCUCUGUUGCCUGUUCUCUCCCUGAGGAGAGAAACAGCCUGGGAGCAGGAAACUGUUUAAAAAGAAACACAGAAGAAGAAGAAGGACCACGUGGCUGUUCCUGAACCCUAGAACCUUUAAAACCUUUAAAACCUUAUUUAAAGGGCAUUUAUAUUUUUGUACUGUACUAUAAAAUCAGACUGAAUGCUGAAGUUUCUGAGGACUUGAUACACUUUGCCCAUCUCUUCCUGUGUGUGUGUGUGUGUAUGUGUGUGUUUGUCUUCAUAUAGUUGUGAGGACCAACCCAUGGCAGAAUACCAACAUUGUGAGGACAUUUGUAGUUGUGAGGACAUUUUUUCCAGUCCUCACAAAGAAAAUGCUAGGAUAGCCUCUAAAGGCCUUAAUUAAUCAUCUGUAUGAAUUUCAGGGAAGGUCCUAACAGAGAUGGUAAACCCUGAAAUGUGUGUGUUGGGCUAGGGGAAGUGGCGGUCCUCACAACUAUUAAAGACAUGUAUGUAUGUGUAUGUGUGUGUUUGUCUUCAUAUAGUUGUGAGGACCAACCCUUGGCAGAAUACCAACAUUGUGAGGACAUUUGUAGUUGUGAGGACAUUUUUUCCAGUCCUCACAAAGAAAAUGCUAGGAUAGCCUCUAAAGGCCUUAAUUAAUCAUCUGUAUGAAUUUCAGGGAAGGUCCUAACAGAGAUGGUAAACCCUGAAAUGUGUGUGUUGGGCUAGGGGAAGUGGUGGUCCUCACAACUAUUAAAGACAUGUAUGUAUGUGUAUGUGUGUGUUUGUCUUCAUAUAGUUGUGAGGACCAACCCAUGGCAGAAUACCAACAUUGUGAGGACAUUUGUAGUUGUGAGGACAUUUUUCCCAGUCCUCACAAAGAAAAUGCUAGGAUAGCCUCUAAAGGCCUUAAUUAAUCAUCUGUAUGAAUUUCAGGGAAGGUCCUAACAGAGAUGGUAAACCCUGAAAUGUGUGUGUUGGGCUAGGGGAAGUGGUGGUCCU